CGAGGAUCUCCGACGGGGAGGGCUGCUUUGUUUACUAACAGUCCUCCUUCCUGUCAGCUCGGGCACACUGCUCUGGAUGUCUGUGCACAGCACAGCCAUCCAGAGCAGUGUGCUUACAGUGAAGCACCAACACACUGCCCCCCAGUAAAACACUCCCUGCACACAGUUAACCCUUUUGAUGUCACCCCUCAUACUAACCCCUUCCUGCCCAGUGCCAUUAGUACUGUGUCAGUGCUUUUUUUUAGCACUGAUCACUGUAUUGAUGUCAGUGACACCAAGUCAGUUCCCCCAGUGUCAGAAUGCCCGCUGCAGUCCCACUAUAAGUCGCUG